AUGAAUGGAAUACAGCAUCUUACUUCAGCCACUUACCAUCCAAGAACAAAUGGAUUGGCUGAAUGCUUUGUAAGGACAAUGAAGGAAGCUUUGAAGAGUGACAAAAGCAAUGCAAGUCUCAGGUACAAACUUCACACUUUCCUUAUGAAGUACCGCAAUUGUCCACACACUACAACUGGUAAUUCUACAGCUGUCAUGCUGAUGGGACACCCUUUACGCUGUCGUCUGGAUCUAUUAAAACCAGACAUAACCCGUACAGUUGAAAACUCUUUUGUCGCAGCACCACCAUCCAAACAAAUGCGUCAUUUCAACAUUGGUACACCUGUUCUAGUCAGAAAUUAUGGAAGAGGUAAUCUCUGGUCCAAAGGUAUCGUAUCAAAACAAACCGGUCCAGUAUCAUACCAAGUACAAGUUGGUACUUCAACUUGGCGUCAUCAUCUCGAUCAAUUAAGAAGAUCUGAACUACCAAGUACUCAUGUUACCAUGACAACUACUGAACCACAGGUUUCUCAAGAGAGCUACCAAGAGUCAUAG